AGAAAAUCGCUGAACUGCUUGCUGCGUUUUCUGAUACGUCAAUCAGUUUUACAAUCCUCAAACUCUAUUCUUCGUGUCAUCGCAGAAAUCCGGAAUAGUGAAAUCAGUAAAUUCCAUCGGAAAUAGUGACCAAAGUGUUGAAUUUUGUGUCAAAAUGUGUUAUAAACCCAGCCGCCCGUCCGCAGCGUUCGGUUCCGGUUGCUAGGACUACCAGCAGUGUUGUUGAUGUAAACGUUUUACUUUAUGUGAAUAAGGCUGACAUUUUAGAUUGUUCAUAAAUGACGUAGAACGCAAUUUACAACUUGUCAAUAAUGUCCAUUUGUACGCUCGAACUUUCCCAGUCCUUGAUUUUAACUACUACAAACUAAAAUAUUUAAACUUAGAGUUUUGAUUCAUGAUAAAGAUUUAUUGUUACUUCGUUUUUCAAUGUUCCAUAAAAUUCGAUUGAGGCAAGACACCCACACCCCUCAUGUAAUUUAUUUUUUUAUCGGACUGCCGAGAGGCCAGAACUUUAUAAUCAAUAACAAUCGAACUUUCGUUUUUCGUGAAGUUCAUUGCGUGGAAAUUCAAUCAGAAGGCAUUAAAUUCGUAUAAAAUAGACUCCCUCUUUCUCUCCCUCUCUCGCUCUCUUAUGUGCCUAUAUCCUAUGUGUCUACGUCGUUUAUGUACAACCCCGUUGCUUUGAGUGACGUCCUAUGAUUGACCGACCGACCGACCAACUGAUAUCAUAGCAUAAAACUUUCGUUGUGUAUCAAUCGACGAUGGGGCAGAAAACGUGCGUAAUUGGAUGAUUCGCUAAUUGAUGGAACAGCAGCAACUAAAUGACGACAGUUGCCAAAUCAUCAGCUAAGAAAACAACUGCACAGUCGUUUUGUUGUCCAGUCGUGUUAAUCAUCUGAUCGUGUACUACAAAGUGAACUAAUUGUGAGUGGUGUGCGAGAUACUUGUGGGUAAAGACAAAAGGACAAAAGCAUAAUUGAAACUACAGACCGAAGCGGUGGUGGUGUGGGUGCCUCCCGAAAAAAGUUCUUUUCGAUGGUAAAGGCACCUGUGUUACCCUCCGUGCCACAGCAGCAGAUACUAGCCCAGAAAGAGGUCAGCAGUCAUCAUCAGCAACAGCAACAACAGCAGCAGCAGCAGCAGCAACAACAUUUCCAUCAAUAUUCCUUCCCACCUCCGACGACGCAAUACUACCAAAUAGGAACGGUGAAGAAACAUCGUCGUCUGCAGAUGGCGACGGAACCACCGGCUGGCGGAGGCGGCGGAAGUGGCGUUUCGGUGAUUCCGACGUCAACAACCACGGCCGCGAUCGCAGUAGUAGCUCCAACUGCUCGUACGGUCCAAGUUUCGGCAUCCUCCUCAGCUAAUGGGAGCGGUGCAGCAUCAAUUCUUUCGAUGCAAACCGGUGCUGCCACACUGAAAGUGGCUCCAAAUUUGCAGCCUCAACGCAUUCAAUCGAUGCACCAUAUUCAUCAUCACCACCACCAUCAGCUGAUCAACGGAAUAGCUACGGUGGCAACGGCUAGUGCGGCAGGAGCUGCGGCCACCAUCGCUGCUACAUCGAUGCCAACAAAUCCUGGUGUUGCAGCUGCUGGACAUUCGGCCGCCGCUGCCGCCGCCACCAGUGCAGCAGCCUGGCCAAUCGUGGAACCGGUGUUUCAUUUUGGUCCCGGUUUCGAACCCCAAACGCGGCCUUACUGUCCAGCCCAUCCACAACCGUCGGAACACGUGGUGCUGUUCCACGUUAGCCCCGGAGUAUCGGUGACCUUCCAGAUUGGGAAUAGUCGAGAGAUUAUACGAGGUCCCGUAACCGUGCCGAUGGUGUCUCAGAAUGGUACUCCUCCCAUGGCAAUGCCGGUGCAGGUUCCACCGGGUCACGUAAUGCAGCAGAUCGUUGACGAGAAUGGCACCUUACGGCAUGUUAUCCUAUCCACUCAGCACCAGCAGCUCGGUCAAGGUGGCGUCCAGCAUCACUUGCAUGGACAUUUUAUUAAUGGUACCACACCGCAGUUCUUCAAUCCUAUGGCCGCCGGCUACCAAGCAGGACCGGGUCCAGGAGCACCCCAUAUCUACCAAUCGCCACUAAUCUCUGGAGCGGCAGCAGCAGGAGGAGGUACGGGAUCUGGUGCUGCUCACACGUUGCAUACGCCCCAGUCUAACGUGACUCACUCGCCAUCGCCCCCCCACUCCACUAACAACCAGUAUCACAAGGACGAGAGAGCACUUAGACAACAUACAAAGCUGAUCCGGAAACUAGAUCAGAAACAAAGAGAACUGAAUGCCGCCUCCAUUACGACACCGAUUAAUUCACCUCGGAAGCAUACGGAAGUGAACGGCAAUGUGCGCAAACAGCAUCAGCAUCACCAACAACAACAACAACAACAACAACAACAGCAACAGCAACAACAACAACAGCAACACCAGCAGCAUCCACAACAACAGCAGCCAAUCCAGCCUCAUCCCCGGUGGAAUGGAACGUCAUCGGUGGCCACAUCGGAAGAUGGCGAAGAAUCGUCCAGUAUGCCAGAUGAGGAAGAUGACACCCACACUAUUAUUGAGCAUCUGAGCUCGGUGCCAUCACCGCAGGUUAAUGAAAUUACAUCGCGAUCAGCACUGUUCCAGUGGUCACCACCAAGUCCACUACCACCUGCGGAAACAUUGCCCUUCAAUGUGCACGAUCUACACUACGAACUGUUACUCAGUGAUCCGGGAAAGGAAAACAAAUACAAAAGUAUAUUCAAGGGUAGUUCGUUGAGCUGUAUGGUGCAGGAUUUGCGACCGGGCCAGGAAUACACGGUUCGACUGCAGGUCUACCUGGACCAACUGCACGGCUCGCCGACGGAAGCCACCGUUUUCAACACACCCGCAUGCGAACCGGACGUUCCAAAGAUUCCCACUCUAAUAGCUAGAACAAAAAAUUCACUCCAGCUUCGCUGGAAUGCCGCAACGGACAAUGGCGCACACAUUACCAAUUACAUUCUCGAGUACGACAACGGAAAGUAUAACGGAAUGGUUCACCUGAUCAAUUCCCAAAAUUGUGAUUUUGUUGAGGUAUGUAAAACGAAAGGUAAACAGUUCACGGUGAACAAGCUGCAUCCUUCCACGUGUUACAUUUUUCGACUGGCGGCGGUGAACGAGUUUGGCCGCAGUGGUUACUCGGAUCUGGUGAAAUUCAACACCGCCGGCAAUCCACCGCUACAGCCAUCGCCACCGACAUUGCAACAUGCAACGGCAACCUCGCUCAAGCUCGCCUGGCAGCGACGUUCGCCGAGUGAGGGUUUCACUCUACAGAUGCACGACAUAGAACAGGCCUACGGUUUCAAGAACAUCUACACCGGAAUGGACACCGUGUACGAAUGUGUAGGCUUAAGACGAGCAACGACAUUCCAUUUUAGGAUAAAAGCAGAGAACGAAAAUGGCCAAAGUCCAUUUAGUAAGGAGGUGGUGUUCAAAACACUGCCCUCCUGUCCGGGCCGACCGACGAAACCUCAGGUGAAGGGUAAAAUUCACGCCACAGCAUUUAAGAUCAAAUGGGAUCAACCGGUCGAUACGGGUGGCGCGGAAAUAAGUCUCUACCAUUUGGAAAUCAACUCGUGUUCGAUCUUCGAACGGAUAUACAGUGGCAAAGAGUCGGAAGCGUUAAUUGAACGGCUCAGUCCCGGAACUACCUACCAGAUUCGGGUACUGUGUGAGGGUCCCGGGGGUAUCAGUGCUUUCUCGGAACCGUGUCUGGUGACGACGGAAUCGGUACCACCCCGGGCACCACCACGACCGUACUGCAAUGGUGCUCCGACGCCGUACGCCGCCUGUCUACUGUGGGAUGAACCGGAUUACAACGGAGGUGCACCUAUUCUCGAGUAUGAAGUCGAGGUGGAGAUGACAAAUAAAACGCGGAGUUCCUGCUACCGUGGUAAGGAUAAGUUCUGUGUGGUAAAGGAUCUAAGGCCGGGUGAACUGUACACGGUACAGGUGCGUGCAAUCAAUCGUGUUGGAGCGGGUGAUUGGUCGGAGGAGUACAGUUUCCAUGCCGGUGCGGCACAGCCAAAUGCACCGAAAGAACUGCACAUUUCCAUCAAAUCGCCAACUCAUCUAGCUGUGAUCUGGGACGAACCGCAUUGUAACGGGGCACCGAUCAGCGAAUAUAUCCUACAGUCAAGUACCGCCAACGAUGCCGAUGCCGAUGCUGCUGAACUGCUCUUCCAGACUGUCUACCACGGUCAGCACCGAACAGCGGAACUGAAAAAUCUCGCACCGUUCACCAACUACCAUUUCCGGGUGUGUGCGGUUAACAGUGCCGGAAGUUCCCGGUACUCUUCGACAUUCUCGCAAAAAACUCCAGCGGCUCCGCCAAAUGUCCCCGUUCUAGGGCAGCACAAAAUAACGGCCAGAAGUAUACUUAUCGAUUGGGAAACGCCACAAUGCAAUGGUGCUCCCAUUACCUACUAUAACAUCGAGUGCGGGGAUCGUGUGAUAUCGAGAGACGCCGUAUCGACUCUCUGCCGGAAUCGAAGCGAACAGGAAGCUCUCAGACAGGACAGUGACCGUACCGAGGGUGACGAAGAUGAGGAAGAUCAGGAGGAGGAGGAGGAGGAGGAGGACGAAUAUGACGAAGAUGAACUGGAGGAAGAAGUGCCGACGGGGGGUUCAGCCGAUGAACAGCGCCGCGAGGAAUCGGUAUCGAAUUUAUUAGAUAAUACGAGUGCUAGUGAGGUUGUCAACAUCAACCGCAAUGAGUUGCUAAUCAAUGACCUCCACCCGGAAUCGCCGUACAAGUUGAGAAUACAGGCUGUAAACGAAAUCGGAACUGGUCCGUUCUCGACGUACAUCAAAUUUACUACCGCACCACUGCCACCAAAACCACCAAAGCUGGAGUGCAUUCAGUUUGGGUUCUCGCACCUAAAGUUACGCUGGGGCGAAGGUAAGAACCUAGCCGACCUGGCCCGGUACUACGUGGAGCUGGAAAACAAUCGUACGGGCGAGUAUCAGAAUGUUUACACGGGAACACGGAGCACCUGUAAGGUGAUGAAACUACACGAACUGACAGCCUACACUUUCCGGAUAGCGGUCGAAACCAAACACGCCGGAAUGGGUGACUUCUCGGAGGAUUUUGUAUUUGUGACGAGUGCCGCAACACCCAACACUAUCAAGGCACCGCGGGUGUACAUCGAACCGGUCAAUGGCAGUGGUAACAGUUCACCUCAGCACCCUCCGUCCUCGGUAAACGGUAGCGUAAGUAAUUUGAACACCGCCGUGCUACAAGGCAGUACCCAUCUGACCACCGGUGGCCCAACGAUCACCGUAGGUUUGCUAACUAUCGAAUGGCAGUCUAGUCGGAACAAUCCAUUUUCCGACACGAUUGAGUACGUUCUUCAUAUGGCCAAAACGAAGGAUCAAGAAUUCCAGGAGGUUUACCGGGGUCCAGAAACGCGUCACACUAUCCAGAAUCUGUGCUAUGGAGUCAGUUACCUUUUCAAGGUAUGUCCGAUCCGAAUUCGUUCCAACGGCGAAGAAAUCUACGGCCAAUUUUCACCGGUGUUGCAUCACCAGCUGACGCCUCAUCGGAACUCGACGAGUUCGCACGGUUACUCGCGUCACGGUGGUCACGACGAGGUGGACGGUUCUUCGUGUUCUUCAACGCGAACGCUCUUUGCCGGCAACGUGGUGAACAGCCGAGGUGAACUCAUCCUGGCCAAUGCUUCCGCCGGUACUGCUCAUCAUCACGGUGGUUCGGGAGCGUACGGCAGCCAUCAUCAGGGAAAUCCAAAUGGAAACACUGCGACCCAAGCUCUGCUUCAUCUACCGAAAGGUAACCUGAUGCAAACGAUUUCCGAACUGUUCGAAGCAGACUCUAGCAAAGCGGUUCUGUUCGUUUUCAUCUUCAUUGUGCUGUCGAUGAUUGUCGCCGCUUGUUUGAAGUAACGCCCCAAUUGCUGCUGGGCGGUAGAGCAAAGAACGUUUCGCGGGAACCGUAAUACCUAAUCUAAUCGGUAAUCAUGAUGUGGUGGACACUGUCUAAUUGCCUUUUUCGGCUACGGAACUACAGAUUAAUUUACUUUCCGCUGUGCAUUUCAAUUAUCAUUGUCACAAGUGCUACUCGAUUGAUACUAAUAAUAGCAGUCAUUUAUUGUCCAAUUCAGCCGAAAACAACAACAACAACAACAACAACCACAACAGAAAACAUCGUAAGUAGAAUAUGCAGAGGUAAGGGAGGAAAAUUAUUUAACAAGAAAAAAAAUUGCUGUCACUGUUAUCACUGCUAUCACUACUACUCUUUACGGCUAAUAACUAAACUGGGUAAAUUAGAAAGAAAUAAUAUUACAAGUACAUAGCUAAAUUGUGUUGUAAAUUGUGGAACGAUAAUUGCAUGCAAUUCUCUCUCCUCCCCAGUGUUUGGAACUAUUUGAAAACAAAAACAGAUUGUCAUGCAAAUCGUAGGAAAUGAAAUGAAUGAAAUUACGAAAAAGGGUAACAGAUAGAUAACAACAAAUAUUCUAUGUUAAAUUUGCUAUAUUGUUUAUGUUACAAUUAUUCUCAUUAUUAAAAGCAACAAAAAAAAGUGUAACGAAAUGCGGAACGAAUGUGCAGGCUCACUUAGAAAAGAAGAAAACACACGUUGGGGAUAUUUAUAAACACAAUAAGAAAAAAAAUGAAAAGCUAGAGUGUCCUUAUUAUACGCUUAAGGAGAACAAAACACAGAAAUGGUUUGUUGUUCCGGAGAGUCGCGCCUACACAACACAAGGGGAUGGUUUAGUUUUUGUUUUCUGAUUCGGUUUUCUGGCGCAUUGUGCUUAGUUCAUUUGCCUUUAGUUUUUGGUUCUGGAAUAUGCAAACUCGCGAACGAACAAAAGGCAAACGUCGAACGCUCUGCUUGAUCUGAUCGAUGGCUAGACAAAAACCUAACAUAAGAGAAAAACAAGGAAAUCUAUAGUAUUAUUAAUUAUAAAAUGAGCAGGAAGAGGUGCAAGGUCAUUCUUACAUAGCAAAAGCACAGACAAGCUGACAGACAAACAAACAAACAAACAGACAGACAGAUAGGAAAGCCUCUCAACAGAAUGGAUAAAGAGUAAACAUAGUUCUAUCGUAAUAUUCAACUCACUAUUAGCUAUUACAGAAACAAAAUACUUUCUACUUGAAACGAGAACGGAACAAACAAAAAAAAACCAACCAUUUAAAGUAAAACAUCGAGGAAAUUGAAUGCAUUCCAUAGAAGCUCUUUUUUUUAAUUAUUACGUUUUACAAUUUGAUCUAUUACAGGCAAUAUACUUAGAACACGAAAAAUCAAAACUGAUAAACAAAACAAAAAAAACCCUAUGCUUAAGAAGAGUUCUCUUGAUUGGUAAGCUCACACACAUAGCAGAAACAAAUUUUAUCAACACACACACACGUGAGAAUCAUCGCCGCUAACCCAAGAAACUUACUAACAAAACAACCGAGACAAACUAACACAAGCGCGCGAUGGUGAUGAUGAAUGUAUGCUAAAACUACCGCAGAUCUGAUUCAAUUACCAACCGAGUGCGUAGAUGUACUGAGUGCGGAUUACCGGUCUAAAUUUACCUCAGUUCAGUUGUAAGUUGCUGCGAACCGAACAGAACAGAUGACAGAACAGCCGAUAGUGAUAGAGGUGAUGAAUUUAAUUCCAAGUGAUGGCAGCAGGUUUAGCUACAUGCAAGUGGUUGAAAUUUUUUGUUCAAAACAGAUGGUCAAGUUUCACAACGAAGUGUGACGUGGGAAGUAUGCUUUGUUUGCUAUAGUCGUCAAACAUAAUUACAAAUAUCAAUUAUUGGGGUUUAGACGACCAGUUUUGAUAUGCUUCCCGAAUUCGUGAAACUGUGUUUCGAAACUGUCAAAUUUUGCAGAUGUUAGACAUCUCAAGUCACAAGUUUAUAAUAGACAAAAUUAGCUACCCAAUGAUUUCAACUUUGAAAUGCAUACUCGAUACCGUAGAAUACAACUAGAGCUUCACGUCUGUUUUUUUUUCUCGAACCUUGUUAACUUGAUCUACGGAACGGCAGUUUUAAUGCAUAAAAGAGGGCAUGAAAGGGUAAGUUUUCAAUCGGUUGACUACAACCAGUUCGGGAAAUGUGAGAGCUGGAUAUCUUGUUAAUAUGAUGUCUUUGCUACUACAUUGGGUUACAGAACCCGAAUAUUCUGAUUUAGCAGAGUUGUGGGACUACAGCUUCCAGAUUGGACAGAGCAACAGCAAAUCGAUUCUUGAUUUUCUGAUAAUUUUUUUUAAAGAUAUUAUUAUUCAGGCCUUUUUGCGUACAAGCUUUACGUGGCCGAUUGAGCCGAUUUUUUAAAUAUUUUUUUGAGUUGGAUCUCGUCACCCUUUUUCUAGGGGAAGAAAAGCUUCCAUUUCCCUCCUGCGAGGAUUGAGGGGCAGUUUGUUCGUGGUUCGUCUCGUCAUCCAUUGCCGCAUCGAUGGUAUUAUUGUCGAUUUCCGUCUUCUUUUCGUUGCUAGUUGCUGUAGAUGCACCUUGUUGUACGUUGGUUGCAAUUGUUGGUUGGUUGGAGGGUAAGUUGUUAACUACAGCUGGUUCUUUGUUCUAUAGGGGAUGAUGAUGGAUUCGUUGAAGGGUUGGUGACUUCAUUGUUGUUGGUGGCUGUCACAGGUGUACUGAGGUUGCUUGGGGUUGGUGUGAAGGAAGCACCGUUGUCCUUUGGUGUAGUUGUCUCCUUGUCCAGUUUAUCACAUGGCUUACCGUAGUGGACAGCUUUUUGGCAAUAUUGAUAUGUGGCCAUCUGAUUGUCAUAGGUAACAAGUGAUUUGCACGGGAUUCUUGUAUCCUGACCGAAAGCCACAUAAGAAGGCAUAGCCUUCUUCAAGCGCAUGCGUAACAAACGUACGCCAUUUAGAAUACCGGGGAAAAGGUUCUUCCACUUUUCUUUUUCGAUAGAAAGAAUCUCUCCGUAUUGGGACAUGAUUUUGCGAAUAUAAGGAUCGAUGACGCUUGAGGGAAGAUCAUGCACACGCACUUCAAUAGCACUAUUUUCCAUACAUACUGGAAUGUUUUACUGAAUGUUUUCGUGCUCCACAUAGUGCACAUUGUUAUUGUCUUUUGCGAAUAAAAUUUCAUCCAACUCUUUAUAAAACUGGAUGUAAACAACAUUAUUUGUCUUAUUGCAUUGAAGUAAAUGCACACGUUUAAUGUCAAGAUGCAUUUGCUCCUUAAGCAAACCUUCAAGUUCUCGUAUCGAAGGUCGAAUUUUGCACUGCCUGAAGUCAACAACAAUUGUAUUCUUUCGUGUCGGCGGUAGCUUUAGUUCGUUUGGUUCACUCAUUUUUGUCAUAUCAGCGAGGUUCUGUUUGGCACACGAGUCUCGUAAGUUUGAGAUUUUACAUUGCAUUUGCUAUUGCAUUUGCUAUUCUAGUUCAGGCAACAUUCAAUAGUCCGGGCAGUAUUUAGCAACUUCACUUAUGCUAAGACCAAUGAUUCAAAUUAGGUUUAGAAACUAUUGACCUUUUGAUUCUACACAUUUUGCCCAUCUGCCAAAAUAAACAAUUUUCUUCCGAGCCAAGUCAUUCGACGAAUAAUUUUAUGAUUUCUUCAAAAUUGGUGAAACAUUGUUCUACAAAUGAGUGAGAGAAUCUCAUCGAUUAAAAAUCAAAUAUGGAUCAGGGCCAUUUCGCCGAAAUGGUUAUUUCACCGAAUGACAUUUCGCCGAAUGCCUUUUUUGCCGAAAUCCAUUUCGCAGAAAGGGUCAUUCCGCCGAAUCCGGAAAUCGUCUUAAAAUCGUAAUAAGAAUUGAUUUAAAAUAAAGACAAAUGAGAGAUGAUACUGUUAACGCCCGAUUUGUUGACCUAGAAUUGUACUUCUUGAAUAUAGAUUGAUUCAUAAACCUCAGAACGGAGUUCCCAAGAAAACUUGUUGACUAUUAGCUACUAAGCAUCAAAUCAAUUGCAUAUAUGUAUCUACCAGGCAAAUGUAUGUGGUAUUUUCCAUUUAUUAAGUGAAAAUGAAAAAAAUAUCUAAUGCGGAUACGCCACAUCGUUUUGGUUCAUGUGCUGUCCGACCUCGCCACCGCUCGUUCGGACCUAACUAAAGCAACAACAAACACUAGCUUUGAGUAGAUCGGGCAAACGAGGCGGUUACAGAUUUGUAUGCAAGAGGCCGGCGUCGGCUCGGCGGCUUUGUGCCGCCGAACCAUCUUGGCUUCGGUUAUGUGGCUGCGCCACAUCAGUUAUACAGGAGACAUAACAUACAGAAGACAUGACCCUUUCGGCAAAAUGACCCUUUCGCAAAAUGACCCUUUCGGCGAAAUGACGCUUUCGGCGAAAUUACCCUUUCGGCGAAAUAACCUAUUCGGCGAAACGACUUUCGGCGAAAUGGCAUUCGGCGAAAUGACUCGCUCCCAUCAAAUAUUAGUCGGACAUGUAUAGAUCAGUAGAGUACGGCGGAUGCGAUAAUAUUUCCCAACUAAGUUCGUUUAACCCUUUCACGACCAUAAGAUGUGCAGGACGAAAUAUGUCAGUACAAGACAAACAAGACGAUUCUGCAAUCCGACGGAUUUGUGAUACGAACGAAUCUACACUUUCGUUCGAGUUCGAAUUUUGCAUUCUCUAUUCCGUUCGACUUGUAUGAUUCAUUCGACUUUCGUUCGAGAACAGUUGAAAUUUCGAACACUAACCAUCAAAGCUGUCAACACUACUUACACGUUUUAUAAUAUUUAUAUUAUUCAUUUCUUAGUAAACGAAACCGUCACACUUGUAUAAACAAAUUUUAACGAUUCUAAACCGAACAGAAGUAAUACGUACGCAAGUCGAUCGAGUAAUGUUCGAAAAUUUAACAACUCGAACGAAUUAUAUUCGAGUUCAUACCAAACUCGAACGGAAUGCAGAAUGGAAAUUGUACAUUCGAUCGUCGUUUCCAAAAAAUAACCAAAAAGUUUAUAUUUGUCUAAAAAAAAUCUUGCAAAAAUUCGUUUUUACGAUCUUUAAACUUUGAGCCAUCCCGCGAAAUAUUUCAAUUUUUAUAUGAAUUUUGACAGUCGAGCAGUUAUUUUGUUUUUGUCGGAAAUAUCCCUGCUCGAAAGCAUGGUUAUUUUUGACAGAUCGAUAGUUGUUUUCCGACACUGAAAAAACAUUUUUAAAAAUUCUAAUUUCUGAUCUUUAGUGAAAGCUACUAAUGUGAAUUUUUUUCUUCAGACUUUCAGUCAUAAAGAAUACCUCAAUAAAAAGUUUGAAUACAUUACCAAGCCAAGUUUUUCUCGAGGAUUUUCGUACGUUCUCUGUAUUGCAAUUAUAAUACCUCUUGGUAUCAUUUUAUUUUCAGUAUAAAAUAAACCCAGAUAACUUUUCAUCCAUCAAACUUUGAAAUGGGUCGGGGUUGGUUCUAACCACACCACAAAAAAAUAACUGCUCGUCUGUAAAAUUUUGAAUAAACGUUAAAAUUGUUCCGGAGAUGUCACGGCCACUGAGCAAAUGCAGCAGCUGAAUGUUUUAUACGGGCGAUCCAUAAUAGAACAAAAACUGGAACAAACGGUAUCUCCAGCAAACCGUUUAUUUAUUCGAACAGUUCUAUUGUCAAAUUUAAAAAUGGUAUACGUUGCCGUUCUAAAUUUUGUAUUUUUGGAACACGAGUAAAUCGCUACUGGGGCUGUCAGUUUUUCUUGUUAUAAUUUCCAGAUUUAAAUUUGAAAACUGACAUAAAUUUUGCAUCUAGAACUGGAACACUCCUGAACAUGCCCUAAAUGUAGUAUUGUACCAUAAAUAAAAUACAUCCAGAUUUCCCAGUGUAAUAGUAAUGUAAUUGAGCAGCCGGUGACACCAAAAGUGGUGCCGUUUGGUGUAGAAUGGGUGCGUGAAUGCUCCUAAAAUGCAUGUUGUACUUGCACACCAGGAGAGUCACAGUAGGCCUUGCCCAAAACUGUAAGUGAAAAAGUUUCCUGUCAAAUGUUUGAUUUUUUUGCGUGUCUGUUUUACGAUUAAUUAAUCCUGAGGAUAAUCACCCCGAUUCUGUAAUCCGACGGAUUUGUGAUACGAACGAAUCUAUACUUUCGUUCGAGUUCGAAUUUUGCAUUCUUUAUUCCGGUCGACUUGAAUGAUUGGAUCGACUCUCGUUCGGGAUCACUUGAAAUUUCGAACACUAACCAUCAAAGCUGUCAACACUACUUACACGUUCUAUAUUAUUUAUUUAAUUCAUUUCUUAGUAAACGAAACCGUCACACUUGUAUAAACCAAUUAGAACGAUUCUAAACCAAACAGAAGUAAUACGUACGCAAGUCGAUCGAGUAAUGUUCGAAAAUUGAACAACUCGAACGAAUGAUAUUCGAGUUCAUACCCAACUCGAACGGAAUGCAGAAUGGAAAUUGCACAUUCGAUCGGAAUAUUUCGAAUCGAUCGAUGUACAGAAUCGGGGUGAAUAUUUGAAAUGGUUUUGUCCAAUGUAAGCAUUCUCAUUUCUACUGGUUGAUGGGGCACAGGGUGUGUUUUUUUUCUUUUGCGUUCGAAUAAGUAAGAACAAAUUCAGCUGCUAGUUCCAUAUGGAAUAUCUAUAAAGAGCAGAAACUGGAACAAACGUAUCUCCAGCAAGCCGUUCUAGUUUAUUCGACCAGUUCUUCUGUCAAAUUUAAAACUAGUCUACGAUGCGUUCUACUUUUUGUAUAUACUUGAAACACGAGUAAAACACUGCUGGUGUUGCCAGUUUUUCUUGUUAUAAAAUUCAGAUUUAAAUUUUGUAACUGACAUAAAUUAUGCAUCUAGAACUAGAACACUACUGAAUAUGCCCUAAGGCAGAUAUUUUUUUUUGGAUCGCACUUUUCAAUGUGACCUUUAUUAAUACCGGUUUCGUUUAUUGAUCAGAGCAGCCCGAGGGCUGACCCAGAGUGGCCCAAACAACUUUUGAGAUGUUUGUUUUAGCAACCUCGGUUUGCUCAAGAUCAGACUCCAAAUGCGUAGCUCCGCUCUGAAAAUUUUCUCGGGUCAAACCACCACUACAUCCAUGCGAGCUUGUUUAUUAUUUUCUUUUUCUAUGCGUUGUUGUUUAGAGCGCUUACCACGUGUACGUUUUACUCUGAGUCAGAGUCGUCCGCUUGUAGGUUCAAAAACGAAAACGGUACAAGAUGGUCCUUGGUAUCAUGUUUUUUCGAUCGUUGAUGGAUGAUGGCUUUCCAUAUAUAAUAUACACUACCUGCUGGUGUAAUUGACACUGAUUUCGAAAUUUCUCUGUGGUUGCUGACAGGUAUUAAAGUCCUCGAUCAAAAGCCUGUCAUUCUGAGCUGAAGACCCUGUGAAUGAUGAAAGUUCAAUUGUACAAUUUGUCAAGAGCGUCGUCACAACGAAACAACACGGAAUGCAUUUAUUUUUCAUAGCAUUUUUUGUUUAGGCUCAUUUGUGCUUCGGCUUGGCGUGACCGUUAAACAAUGAAAAACAUAUUUUUGUUGUUGAAUCUCAAUGGUCAUAUUCUUUCUUGGAGGAGAGGCGUUCGAUCCUGCAUAUCUGUUAUCUGCGGUAUUUUGCAGUAUCCAUGUUUUUGUUCAUACUUAACUCCUUCAAAAUUUUAGUCCUGAACUCAGGCGUUAGUUAAAUUUUACUCAGUGAUCUAUUUCCCAUACAGAGCAAGCAAACGCUUUAAUGCAGCGUUUGCAAGACACUCUUUUAUGUGCUACAUUCACUUCACGCUAGAUUAUCAUAUUCGCCCUUAUUCUGAAUAACGACGUAUUGAUUUUUCGAUCGAAUCAUAGCUACCUUUGAUUUUGCUAGCGUUAUGGGGAAUACAAAUUAAAUACGAGCGAAAAAAACGAUACGACGUUAUUCAGAAUAAGGGCGAUUGUCUUGUUUUAUUCCGAGCGAACUCACGUGUGAAAUUAACGAUGUGGAAAUAAAGUUGUCUUUUACACUUAUGAAAAUCAUGAGAAGUGUUCAAAUUGUUCUAGUUUGAAUAUUUCUCAAAUAGGCAGGAUAUCUGUUAUCUAUGGUAUUUUGUAAUAUCAUACGUCGAAUUAUUCAUGUACAAUACGGUUGGGUUUCAAUCGAGUGAUUACAUAGUAAUCAAUUCGCACACUCUCAUUCUGCUACUGCCGCAGAAGACGAUAGCACUCAAUCGACACCGUUCUAUUGAAUAACUAUUAUCAUAGACACACACGGGGAGGCAUGAGAUAGGAACUUGUGAGCACCUUGUGACGACCUUCAGGUGAACCAACAAAAUCGACUCAGUAAUAAUUGAAUCCGAAUAUGCAUUCCCUUGCUGUCACUUGGACUGAACCUUCAUCACAAACUAUCUGCACCGAAACCCCGUUCGCAAUUAAUACAGGUAAAACUUAGGAAGCUAUUACUAGAGAAGAACGCUCGCUCACGUAUACAUUUAACGCGUAUUUUAGAAUAUCACCGUAUCAUCUCUCUUUAAUUAGCUGUUCCAUGUGCAAUUUUAUCUUUUUGUUUUUCAAUUAGAUAUCCUGUGGACAUUCGGGUCUUUAAUUUUACUUGUGUUCCAUAGUUUUUUUUUCUGUUUGUUUAUGUUUCUUAAGGUAUAGUUUUAUUUACAAAACGGGAUGCUACCGUGUGGGACGAACACAAACCGAACACUACUUGCAUGCACCCUACUGAAUGAAUGCAUUCUUACCUGUAGUAGAGCAUAUGAAUUUUAUUUUUUUAAUAUUAUUCUGUACGAUUCCGUUGUUGUUUAGUUUUAUCUUUCCCCGCAAAGACGAAGUAUGCAAUAUGAGAUAUAAGCCGUGCAUUUGACAUUUUUUUUUAUUUUUACGUUAUCUAAAAUUAAUGCAAAUGAUAUUUACAUUGUAUUAUUAUAAUUUUGUUUUCUCUAGAAAAUCCUCUCACCGUUUAUUUUACUCUUAAAUAUACAUAUAAAAAUAUUUCCAUAUAUUUGCUUCCAUUACAACGUAGCUAAGCGAAUUAGUGUUACAAACGAUGCUGACAGCAACAAAACAGUGCACACAUUGAUGAACAAAAUUUUAAUAUACAUGCGUUAUACGACGAUGUUAUGAAAGUAUGAGAGAAGGUCUUAGCACUGAGCAAGAAUUCGUUUGCAGCAAUCGACAAUUACAAUUACAACAAACAUGCCAAGUGAGAUGAUGAUGACAACUGACAAACAAUUCGGAAAACAAAAAGGGAAAUCAGGUUAUAAGGAGGGACCCGCGCAGUAAACUGAAAAUGUAAUGUAACUUUCAAUAUUGUUGUUUUAUUUUUCUAGUGUACAAGCAAACGAAAGCUAUCUCGAACCGAUGCUGAAAAACUAACUACAGGUGAAAUAAAAGCUCACGUAAAUAAGUUUGUGUGGACGAAAAAAAAGCUAGCUGAUCAAAAGCGAAGCCUAACUAAUUGUAAAACCUACUAUUGUGUACGCCACUCUAUUUUUGUUAUAUUUCCAACACUGUGUUAUUUGUAUAUAUGAACAAAAAAAAAAUAAUAGGAAAAUGGAAAACGAGACAUUUUGUUUCAUUUUCCGCUGAAACAGGUUACUAGUGACAAAUCAGAAACGGAUUAACGACAUGCCGGUCGGAUGAUAUAUAGGAAAUAAUUGCGACGAUGACCAGCAUCAGAAGGAAAUAAUAAGAAACGUAAAACUAGGUUUCUUGUAUUUAAAAUAAAAAAAAACUGCUAUUCAAGUAAAUGGAUAUGUAAAAACAAACUAUUCUAUUGAACAAUGGUAAAAAGGUAAAACGAUGAUACACAACAAAAUAAAAUAAAAACAAUUAACAAUUGAGAAAACGUCAAACAAAUAUUACUGAAAGUAUAUACAUGAUUAUAUUAAUGAUGGGGGUAUAGUUAUUGUAUAAAUUUUACUAAACACGCUCUUUCCGUUAGAAUGGAUAUGAAAUGAAAAAAAAAUAUUUUUACAAAAAAUAAACACCUUUAUAUCUCAUUUUUAUUACAUUUAUGAUUAUUUGUUUAUUAGAAAUGUUAUAUUUUGUAUUUUUAAAUAUUCUGUUUCACUUUUUCUUUUCAAUAAAAUGAAAAAAAAAACAACUAUUGGAAACAAAACAACAAAGUAGGAUAGUGGCCGAGCUAAGCAAAAACAAAAUAACAAAAAAAAAAUGGAACGUUAUAUGAUUAUGAUAAUACCGUAGUGGAACGAAGCCGCAAAAACCGAGCUAGCUAUCCAUGAUGAUGAUGGUUUGAGCAAGAGUUUGCAGCAAACUGAUUGAUGAAGUGAAAAUGAAAUUGAUCGCGCAGAAACGAGAAAUCUGAAACGGUAAUAUUACACUAAACAUAUAUGGAAACAACUGAUGGAAUAAUGUAUAACAAAAAAUAUUAUUGCAACAAGGACACACAUACAUAUAAACAAUUAAAAAAGUGGAAAAUAAUUAAAAUAUAUAUGUUAAAAGUGGACAUUAAGUAUAUAAACAACAAAAUAUCUUAAUAUAUAUGAACAAUAUUUAA